AUGUUGAUGGCACCAAGCAUGUUUAAGCUUGCAGUGCCCGCGGCGAUGCCCCGGGCGUCGGUACGCAUUGUGGCUCCUUUUUCGACCUCUGCCGUGGCACGCAUGGCGACACCUGCGACAGAACGUCCGCAAAAAAUGAAGGCGUUCAAAAUUUACCGCUGGGAUCCUGACUAUCCGACAAAAAAGCCUCAUAUGCAAACAUACAAUAUCGAUUUGAACAGGACGGGCCCCAUGGUGCUCGAUGCUCUGCUCAAGAUUAAAAAUGAGGUUGACCCUACCCUUUCGUUCCGCCGCUCUUGCCGCGAGGGCAUUUGCGGUAGCUGUGCGAUGAACAUUGACGGCGUCAACACUCUUGCUUGUCUAUGCCGUAUUGAUCGCGAUAAGACGGCCUCUAAUAUUUACCCCUUGCCCCACAUGCACAUUGUCAAGGACCUUAUCCCUGACUUGACGCAGUUCUACAAGCAGUACCGCAGCAUUGAGCCAUAUCUCCAGCCGGAGGGUCCCCCUCCGGGUGGCCGCGAGUAUUUGCAAUCUCCCGAGGAGCGACGCCGCCUUGAUGGUCUUUACGAGUGCAUUCUUUGCGCCUGUUGCUCUACGUCGUGCCCCUCGUACUGGUGGAACCAAGAUGCAUACCUCGGCCCUGCCGUGUUGAUGCAGGCAUUCCGCUGGAUGUCUGAUUCUCGUGAUGCGCACGGAGAUAAGCGCCGUGAAAAGCUGGAAAACACUUUUUCUUUGUACCGGUGCCACACGAUUUUCAAUUGCACCAGGACGUGUCCCAAGGGCUUGAAUCCCGCUAAGGCUAUCGCGCAGAUUAAGAAGGAUAUGGCAUUUGGCGCGCCUGCGAACGCCGCUGACCGUCCUCUGCAGGCUCCAUAG